CUCGCCCUCUUACGGCUCAGCGUCCUCUUCUCGAUGACGACGAUGAUGAUGAUGAUGUCGUUGUGCUCUGCUAUCUCGUCUGAUGUCACGAGUCCUAAAAUGCAUUUAUGCAGUAAAAGCUGUAGAUCUCCUGGGUGCCAGAGUUCUACUAGUUCUUAUGUCUGCAGACUUAGAAAUAUAGCCUUAUUAGUCCAGGACCAAAGAGCUCAUAAUUCAAAGGGUAAGUGAGAACCAAGCACUUUCAGGAAUGCUAGAGAAGCCAUUGGUUGUCUUGCAAAACAGGGAUAUGCACUUUUGUUAUCCGGGGAAAACCCUGUUGCUGCCUUGUGUAAACUGGGUUCCCAUUAUUGGUGUCAUGUCGUACAUAUACUUGCUUAAAAGAAGAAGAAAAAGGAAAAUCAAGCUUGCAUCGAAAGCCGAGCUUGUAAUUAGUUCAAAGGCACUGCCUUGGUCAUGCAGCAUGUUUCUGUCCAUGUCAUGGAUAUCUUUGAUAACCCCAUCAAGCGAUCUUUACAAUCUCUACAUCCGACUCCUGGCCGUCUGCCUUGGAAGCUUGACUGGUUCGUUACAUAUAUCAGUGAGCCCUAGCAAGUCGAGCAAGGAUCGAUAAACCCUUCCUGACCUUGAGUGUCCUUUACGGGGAAUCCGGGGCCGGCGCAUCGCCUUAAACGAGGUGUGUGCUAGACAGUUUUGUGAAUCGAUGCAAGACCAGGCCACCCGCGAA